UAGAAAUUAUUAGUCAUUUCCAUUCAUCCAUUCCACUCCUUUUCUUAGCAUGGCAGAAACAUUAGUUGGUGGUGCUCUUCUUUCUGCUUUCCUUCAGGUUUUAUUUGACAAGCUUGCUUCACGUCAAGUUCUGAACUUCUUUCAUGGAAGAAAAUUGGAUGAGAUGCUGCUGAGCAAUUUGAAUGUCAAGCUGCUCUCCAUUGAUGCUCUGGCUGCUGAUGCAGAACAAAAGCAGUUCAGAGAUCCUCGUGUGAGAGCAUGGCUCGUUGAUGUCAAAGAUGUUGUGCUUGACGCAGAGGAUGUUUUGGAUGAAAUAGACUAUGAACUCUCCAAAUUUGAAGUGGAAACUGAAUUGGAAUCUCAAUCUCUAACCUGUACUUGCAAGGUACCAAAUCUCUUCAACGCGUGUUUCAGUUCAUUAAAUAAAGGGAAAAUUGAGUCAAGGAUGAGAGAAGUCCUUCAAAAACUAGAAUAUCUCUCAAGCCAAAAGGGUGAUUUAGGAUUAAAAGAAGGUAGUGGUGGUGGGGUUGGAUCAGGUAGGAAAAUGCCACACAAAUUGCCAUCAACAUCUUUACUGAGUGAAAGUGUUAUAUAUGGUAGAGAUGAUGACAGAGAAAUGGUUAUUAAUUGGCUGAUAUCUGACAAUGAGAAUUGUAAUCAGCUAUCAAUACUUUCUAUUGUGGGUAUGGGCGGGUUGGGUAAGACCACCCUUGCCCAACAUGUAUUUAAUGACCCAAAGAUGGAGGAUCAAUUUAGUAUCCAAGCUUGGGUAUGUGUUUCAGAUGAACUUGAUGUCUUCAAGGUAACAAGAACAAUUCUUGAGGCAAUCACUAAAUCAACUGAUGAUAGUAGAGACCUAGAAAUGGUUCAGGGAAGGUUGAAAGAUAAAUUGGCAGGAAAGAGAUUUCUUCUUGUUUUAGACGACAUUUGGAAUGAAAAUCGAGAGAACUGGGAAGCCGUGCAAACUCCACUUAAAUAUGGAGCUCAGGGAAGUAGAAUUCUUGUCACUACACGCAGUAAGAAAGUUGCUUCCAUUAUGCGGUCAAAUAAAGUACAUCACCUAAACCAGUUACAAGAAGAUCACUGUUGGCAAGUUUUUGGUAAACAUGCAUUCCAAGAUGAUAAUAGUCUGUUAAAUCCUGAGUUGAAGGAGAUUGGUAUAAAGAUAGUUGAAAAGUGUAAAGGAUUGCCUCUAGCCUUGAAAACAAUUGGAAGUCUUUUACACACAAAGUCGUCUGUUUCGGAAUGGGGAAGUGUAUUAACGAGCAAAAUAUGGGACUUACCAAAAGAAGAUAGUGAAAUUAUUCCUGCUUUGUUAUUGAGCUAUAACCACCUUCCUUCACAUCUCAAGAGAUGCUUUGCUUAUUGUUCCUUAUUCCCCAAAGAUUAUAAGUUUGACAAGGAGCAUUUAAUUCUGUUGUGGAUGGCUGAAAAUUUUCUUCACUGCCUUAACCAGAGUCAGAGUCCAGAAGAAGUUGGUGAACAGUACUUUGAUGAUCUGCUGUCAAGGUCCUUCUUUCAACAAUCAAGCAGAUUUCCAACAUGUUUUGUCAUGCAUGACCUUCUCAAUGAUUUGGCAAAAUAUGUUUGUGGGGACAUCUGUUUCAGGUUGGGAGUUGAUAGAGCAAAAAGUACACCAAAAACAACCCGUCAUUUUUCAGUUGCAAUCAAUCAUGUUCAAUAUUUUGAUGGAUUUGGGGCUUCAUAUGAUACUAAAAGGUUACGUACAUUUAUGCCAACAAGUGGGGGAAUGAAUUUUCUUUGUGGUUGGCAUUGCAACAUGUCUAUACAUGAGUUCUCUAGGUUUAAGUUCUUACACGUCUUAUCUUUGUCUUAUUGUUCUGGCCUUACAGAUGUGCCUGAUUCUGUAGAUGAUCUUAAACAUCUUCGUUCAUUAGACCUCUCUGGUACCCGCAUAAAAAAACUACCUGAUUCAAUAUGUUCUCUCUAUAACCUGCAAAUACUGAAGGUGGGAUUUUGUCGCAAUUUGGAGGAGCUUCCAUAUAAUUUGCACAAACUCAUCAAUUUGCGUCACCUUGAAUUUAUAGGAACUAAAGUGAGAAAGGUGCCAAUGCAUUUGGGAAAACUGAAGAAUCUUCAUGUAUGGAUGAGUUGGUUUGAUGUUGGCAAUAGUAGCGAGUUCAGUAUUCAGAUGCUAGGAGAGCUCAAUCUUCAUGGAAGUUUAUCAAUUGGGGAGUUGCAGAAUAUUGUGAAUCCCUCUGAUGCAUUAGCAGUGAAUAUGAAAAAUAAAAUACACCUUGUGGAGCUUGAGUUUGAAUGGAAUUGGAACUGGAACCCAGAAGAUUCAAGGAAAGAAAGGGAAGUACUUGAGAAUCUACAACCUUACAAACACUUGGAGAAGUUGUCAAUCAGGAACUAUGGUGGUACACAAUUUCCCAGAUGGUUAUUUGAUAAUUCAUCAUUGAAUGUGCUGUCCUUAAAGUUAGAUUGCUGUAAAUAUUGCUCAUGUUUGCCUCCCCUUGGACUUUUGCCAUCUCUUAAACACCUGACAGUUGCAGGGCUGGAUGGGAUAGUGGGUAUUAAUGCUGAUUUUUAUGGGAGUAGCUCUUCUUCAUUUAAAUCCUUGGAAACAUUGCACUUCUCUGAUAUGGAGGAAUGGGAAGAAUGGGAAUGUAACUCUGUCACAGGUGCUUUUCCACGUCUUCAACAUCUUUCUAUAGAGCAAUGUCCCAAAUUGAAAGGGAAUCUACCAGAACAACUUCUUCAUUUAAAGAAUCUAGUUAUAUGUGACUGCAAAAAACUCGUGGCUUCUGCUCCCAGGGCUCUACAAAUCCGUGAAUUAGAACUCCGGGACUGUGGCAAUGUGCAAUUUGAUUAUCAUCCAAGUACUUUGAAAUGGCUGACAAUUACAGGACACAACAUAGAAGCAUCUUCACUCGAAAAGAUUGGGCACAUCAUAUCUGAUACUUCUCUUGAAUUCUUGCACAUUUAUUAUUGCCCAAAUAUGAAAAUUCCCACGAGUCAUUGCUAUGAUUUCCUUGUAACAUUGAAGAUCAGUGGUGGCUGUGACUCUCUAAUAACUUUUCCACUGGAUUUCUUCCCAAAACUCAGUUCGCUUGAUCUUAGGUGUUGUAAUCUAAAAACAAUUUCACAGGGGCAGCCUCAUAAUCAUCUCAAGGAUCUGAAAAUUAGUGGGUGCCCUCAAUUUGAGUCAUUUCCUAGAGAAGGAUUAUCUGCACCUUGGCUAGAGAGAUUUAGUAUUGAAGGGUUGGAGAGCAUGAAAUCAUUGCCAGAACGCAUGCAUUUCCUUCUUCCAUCUCUUACUAGCAUAUCAAUACUUGAUUGUCCACAAGUGGAGUCGUUCUCUGAUGGAGGUUUUCCAUCAAAUCUAAAAAAGAUGGAUCUCUCAAAUUGCUCCAAACUUAUUGCUUCACUUGAAGGGGCUUUGGGAGCCAACACCUCUCUAGAAACCUUGUCUAUUCGAAAAGUGGAUGUAGAGUCUUUUCCUGAUGAAGGAUUGCUUCCACCCUCUCUCACUUCUCUGUGGAUCUAUAAUUGUCCAAAUCUUAAAAAAUUGGACUACAAGGGUCUUUGCCACCUCUCCUUUCUCGAGAUAUUGCUUCUUUAUUACUGUGGCAGCCUCCAAUGCUUACCAGAGGAAGGUCUACCCAAAUCCAUUUCAACUCUUGAAAUUUUUGGCUGUCCGUUGCUCAAACAGCGUUGCCAACAACCAGAAGGUGAAGACCGGGGAAAGAUUGCUCACAUAAAAAACAUAAGGCUUUGGUAAAACAAUAAGAUGAGGCACAAGCUCCAAAUUACACAUGCUCUGAUUCUUAUAUGUCUCCCUUUCUAUCAGGAAAAUGGUGAUGGCAAGUGCAAAAGUUCUGGCAUCCAUUCUGCAAAGAGUACUCUGUCAUCGAGUGUUAAGGAAAAUGGUGAUGGCAAGUGAAAAAGUUCUGGCAUCCAUUCUGCAAAGAGUACUCUGUCAUCGAGUGUUAAGUAGGAAUCUUAAAAUGAGUUUGGCCAAAAAAGGGCUUCAUCAUUUUCUCACAUUGUGGAGUGUUCCAAAUUGGCUUCAUUCACCAGAGGUGGAUUAUCAAUCUGCACCCAAGCUAGAGUGGUGUCAUGUUGAUAAUUUGGAUAAUUUAAAUUGAUUACCCAACGGUAUGCACUGCCUGUUCCAUCUCUUGUGCUACAAGAUAGAAAAUUCUGACCGCAAUUGAAGCAAUAGCUUCUUGCUCAAAUAAUGUUGUGAGAAGACAAAAGGCGAAGAUUACUGCUACGCAACCAGAAUGAUGAUGAUAAUAGCAUGCACACGAACUAAAAGUCUGAAUGUGCCCAUUCUGAUUUUUGUCAAGCUAGUUUUCGAUCAGGACACCAGGAAAAUGGUGAAGGUCAUGAAAUUCAAAUGGCUUUGGCCAUGGAAAAGAUACAAAUCUGAUUUAGGGAUGACCAACUUCCUAGCUAAAGAGACUUUGAAAGUCCUUCAAUGAUGCAGAGGUUCUACUUGAUAGCUUGGAAGAUGGUUAUUGUAGUUUGUUUUAGACUUUGGUUUUAUGUGUGCAAACACAUGAACGAAUAUCUGUCAUUUUUGUGUGUUAUAAAGAAUGUACAGCUAAAUUUCUAACAAGAUGAUGAACAUAGAUUUUAUCUAGAAUUUACUAAAUUAUCUA